AUGUCUGCUACUGCGACCACGACCAUUGCGCCGUCCAAGGCAAACAUCGGAGUGUAUACGAACCCAGCACAUGACCUAUGGAUCGCCGACGCAUUGCCCAGGUCGGAGCAAAUCGAGAAGGGUGAGGACUUGAAGCCAGGAGAGAUCACAGUCGCGAUCAAGAGCACUGGUAUUUGCGGAUCAGAUGUCCACUUCUGGCACGCCGGCUGCAUAGGCCCCAUGAUCGUCGAGGGCGACCACGUCCUAGGCCACGAAUCCGCCGGCAUCGUAGUCGCGAAGCACCCAUCCGUCUCAUCCCACCAAGUCGGCGACCGCGUCGCAGUCGAGCCAAACAUCAUCUGCGGAGAAUGCGAGCCUUGCCUGACUGGCAAGUACAAUGGCUGCGUGCAAGUCGAGUUCCGAUCCACUCCCCCGAUCCCAGGUCUGCUCAGAAGAUACGUAAACCACCCGGCGGUAUGGUGUCACAAGAUCGGUGACAUGAGCUACGAAGAUGGUGCCCUGCUGGAGCCGCUCUCUGUAGCGCUAGCAGGCAUGCAAAGAGCAAACAUCACAUUGGGAGAUAGCGUGCUGGUAUGUGGUGCAGGACCAAUUGGUCUGGUUACUUUGGCAUGCGUGAAAGCUGCCGGCGCGGAACCCAUCGUCAUCACAGAUAUCGACGAGGGACGCCUGAAGUUCGCGAAAGAGUUCUGCCCAAGUGUCCGAACGCACAAAGUCGACUUCAGCCACACGCCCGAGCAAUUCGCCGAGAAAGUCGUAGAGCUGGCAGACGGCGUUGAGCCAGCGGUCGUGAUGGAGUGCACGGGUGUAGAAUCCUCGAUAUCAGGCGCCAUCCACGCGGCGAAAUUCGGCGGCAAGGUCUUCGUCAUUGGAGUGGGCCGGCCAGAGAUUAAGAUUCCGUUCAUGAGGCUGAGCACAAGGGAGGUCGACCUGCAGUUUCAGUACCGAUACGCAAACACUUGGCCGCGAGCCAUCCGGUUAUUGCGUGGGAAGGUGCUGGACUUGAGUAAGCUGGUCACGCAUAGGUUCAAGCUUGAGGAUGCGGUGGAUGCGUUCAGGGUUGCGGCGGAUCCUAAACAGGGUGGUAUAAAGGUUAUGAUUCAGAGUAUGGAAGAGGGAGAGAGGUAG